CAACAAUGAAUUUGAACAGGCGAACUGAACAGUCGUCUGUUUCCUGCUGGAGCUGGGUCCUGUAUGGAAGCCCGUGCGAGGCUGUCCUGGAGACCCCGCGCUGCCUGCACCUCUCGUCUUGGUUGACAUGGACGAUGAAGAUGGCAGGUGCCUGCUAGAUGUCAUUUGUGACCCAGAAGCACUCAACGAUUUUCUUCAUGGAUUAGACACCCAUCUGGACACUGACGACCUAUUGGAUGGCACGAGCGAUCCCUCCAGCUCUUUCUUCUCUAGCGCUGGGUGCCACGUUCCAGAGGUCCUGCCCCCAGUCCAUCUGCCGUCCAAUGAGCAGCCAGUCUUGCCCCGGGUCAGUGUGGACCUGGACUUCCUGGAAGAUGAUGUCAUCCUGGGCGGGUCGCCGGGCGGUAGCGGUAGCAACACCAUGGAGCCAUGUGACAUCCUGCAGCAGAGCCUGGCGGAGGCUAACAUUACAGAGCAGAGCCUGGCGGAGGCCGAGGCAGAGCUGGACCUGGGCUCCUUCCACCUCACCAUGCCAGGCCUGACUCAGGUGGUCCAGACCCUUCCCUGUACAGACAGCCUGACUGGGCCUGGAGGGACCGCUGUGGGGGUGGGGAUCCCCAUCUUCCCUGAAGCUCCAGGCUCCUCCGCCACCCCUCCCCAGGCCACAGCUGACAUGCUGGACUCUGUGCUGGCCCAACAGGGCCUGGAGUUUGGGCCCCAGGUCAUGAACAAGGCCCAGGCCAUCAGUAUGCAGCCGUUUAUGCAGCAGGUGGCAGGCCUGGGUAACGUCACCCUUCAGCCAAUCUCCUCCCUCCAGGCUCUACCGAACGGCUGUCAGUCAGGACACCUGGGACUGGGGCAGAUACAGGUGAUGGGCCAGCCCACUGUGAUGACUAUGAACCAAUCAGGACAGCCCAUCCUGGCCAAGGCUAUGGGAGGAUACCAGCUGCACCAGCCUGGCCCCGAGGCACAGGGGGCAGGUGGGCAGGGCGUACUGGGAGGGGGACUUCUGAUCCAAGGGGGCAAAGCUACUCUGGGAUCUCCAGUUUUAAACGGCCCAGCGUUGUGCACUAACAGUAACAGUAGCACCAUAACUGCUACUGGAAGCUUGGGUCAACAGGGGCAAAACCAUCCCCAAGGACAGGUCAUGCAGAACCUGAUCAUCCAGCGAACCCCAACCCCCAUCCAGCCCAAACCCCCCCAGGGGGGCACAGCCAUCCAGCCCAAACUGUUCAAACAGCAGCAGGCCCAGCCCCACACCCUCCAGAACGAUGCCAACAAGGCUCUUGGGGCUCAGGUCCCAGUCUCCGCUGCCCAGAAUGUAGCCUUCCUCACAGGGAAGCCUGGCUCUAACGUGGUCCUGACUUCCCAGGCAGGGGUUCCCCAGCAGGCUCUGUUCAAACAGCAGACAGCCCACCACCCCUCUGGGAAAGCGCUCAGUGUCCACCUGCUCAACCAGCCCGGCAGCAUCAUGCUGGGAGGUCAGAACCACCAGUUCCUCCUGCCGCAGCAGCUAGCUGGGGGUCAGAUCGUCACGCAGCACCCUGGGGGCCACAUCAUCACUUCCCGGGGGCCUGGGGGCCAGCUGAUAGCCAACCAGAUCCUGGCUCAGCACCAGAACAUCAACCUGGGCCAGGUGCUGACGUCUCAGGGCCACCCUCUGCUCCAGGGCCACAUCCAGCUGCAGCCGGGCCAGAUGGGGGUGGGACAUCAGCUCUUCCAGAUGCCUGUCACCCUCUCCCAGAGCCAGACCCACCCGGUCACGGGCCACCAGGCCCACACAGUGAUCCAGGGCAUGCCCUUGCACAACUCCCUGGCCAUGCUGAGCCAGGUAGAAGGAUUGAGUCCUGCUGUCAGCCUGCAGCCCGCUCUGCAGCCACAGCCUGGGGGCGUUCCCAGCAGCGGGGUGGGUGGGGCUGCUGCCAUUGCACAGGGCCAGCCCGGGGGGAGUGUGCCGAUGCUGGGGAGUUCUACAGACCAGGCAGCCCACCCUGGACAAGCCCCCCAGCCCUCCUCCAUCCUCUCUAUGCAGGCUGUGCCCUCUGUCUCCAUGGCCAUGUCUGUCCCCUCCUCCUCUCCGUCCUUAUCGGUGUCCACCACACUGGUCCCCCACCUAGCCCAGCAGCACAGCCCCGGGAGCAGGGUGCUCUUCACGGGCCACCAGGGCUCCAGCAUGAUCCUCAGCCAAGAACAACUCCAGAUGUUCCUCCAGCAGGACCAGCGACAGACAGAGAAUGACCCCGUCCCCACUGUGUCAGUGGGCGUGUCAGUGGGCGUGCCAGCGUCCGUUAUCGUCAGCAGCAACAGCAGCUUUGGCCAAGCCUCCUCGGGCCAUGACAGCCAAUUAGCUGAGACAGCAGUGGUAAACCAGAUGCCCCAGGCGGGUGGUCAGCAGCAGCAACUGAAGCUCCAGAGCCUGUCCCCCUCCCAGCCCCUGGCCUCCCACACUGCCCUCCCUCUGUCGGACAGCCCCCAGCCCUCCCCCCUCCCCAUGCAUUCCCCCCAGUCCUGGCCCCCUUCUCAACCCCCAGACCCCCGCCCGAUCCUGCACCCCUCCUCUCUUCCCCCAAUGUUCAUUAUCCAGAACCAGAUCCCAGGCCCCUCCCAGCCUGCCCCACAACAACAACAGAUACACCUCCAGCCCCGGCCCCCGUCCCAGCCUGCCCCACAACAACAACAGAUACACCUCCAGCCCCGGCCCCCUCCCAGCCUGCCCCACAACAACAACAGAUACACCUCCAGCCCCGGCCCCCUCCCAGCCUGCCCCACAACAACAACAGAUACACCUCCAGCCCCGGCCCCCGUCCCAGCCUGCCCUCUACCAACCGGACGUCCCCCCUCCCUCUCGCUCCCCCAAAGCCCCCCAGAGCCUCCAGUUCACUGCCCCUCUCCACAACAGAAACACCAGGUCCAACAGAACAUUCUACUACAGGCCAAACGGCAGCAGCAAAGCCAGCCCCAACAACAUCGUGGUCAACAACAAGACGUGCCUGCUCCUCAGUCGUCUGUGCUGGUCAAGACUCCUGCCACAGCAUCCAAUGACGUGUUGUCAGGAGCUCACAUGACCCAGGGGGGCGUGGCUCCAGCUAGCCUUAACCAGUCAACACACCAGGCUGGUCAGCAGUCAACACACCAGCCUGGUCAACAGUCAGUACACCAGGCUGUGCAGGUGGGAGGGGUGGAGUCCAUGUCAGGUCUGGGUCAGAUGACCUCUACACAGCAGACUUUCAGCCCUGGUCUGGCCUCUCUACAAACACAGACUGAUGCUGUGACGAUGCCUUUCAGAAUGGCUAAACCCAGCAAGGAAGCCAGGAUGUUGGAGCAGCUGAGGAAGCAGCAGGGCUCAGUCCUCCACCCAGACUACAGCUCUUCCUUCCAGUGCUUUGAAGACACCCUGACCCGCCUGGUGCCUUACCACCUCUACCAGGGCACUGCCACCGCACCACACGACUACCACAGAGUGGAUGAUGAGUUUGAGAGGGUUUCCAGCCAGCUCCUGAAGAGAACGCAGGCUAUGCUGGAUAAAUACAGACACCUGCUUUUUGAGGAAUCAACGCGCCUUGGCCCGUCAGCUGAGAUGGUCAUGAUGGACAGGAUGUUUAUUCAGGAAGAGAAGAUCUCUCUGGGACAGGACCGCAUCCUCGCCAGAGACAGACCUGAGGAGUAUGUGGCCAACUCAAGGAUGAUGGAGAUUGAGAGUGGAGCUGCCAACAUGGCCCAGACCAAGCCUCAGCUCCAGCCUCAGCCCCAUCCUGAGCCUCAGCUCCAGGCUCAGCUCCAGUCCCAGCCCCAUCCUCAGCCCCUGUCCCAGUCCCAGCCCCAUCCUCAGCCCCUGUCUCAGCCCCUGUCCCAGCCCCAUCCUGAGCCCCAGCCCCGUCCUCAGCCCCUGUCCCAGCCCCGUCCUCAGCCCCUGUCCCAGCCCCGUCCUCAGCCUCAGCCCCAGUGGUUUGAGCCCAGCACCGUAAGGAGUGGUGUUGCCCCUGCUCCAGCCCCAACACCGAUUCCGGCCCACUUCCCCUCCACCAAGCUGGUGAUAAAGCAGGGAGGAGCGGGGGCAUCUGUCUCCUGGUCUAGCUCCCCAGCUCCUGUGGCCAGGUCGGGGUCAGGGGUUAGACAGACAGCCGACACCCAGAGUCACAGCUCCUCCUUCAGCCGCGCUCCUCCACCUCCCUCCCGUCACUCACCCCACCACCCUUUCUCCUCCUCUCGUCCAGCUGAGGAUGAUGAUCCUCUCCCCCGGAGGACCAGUAAACCCCCCAUGAAGACGUACGCCGCCCGCCCACGCAUCGGCUUGAAGCUCAAGAUCAAGCAGGAGGCGGGGUUUAGUAAGGUGGUGCAUAACACCGCCCUCGACCCGGUCCACACACCAUCCACACCCCACCCUGCCACCCGGCCCCAACCGGCGCCGGCACUCCCUACCACCCGGCCCCAACUGGCGCCUACACACCCAACGACCCGGCCCCAACCGGCGCCGGCACUCCCUAAAGCCCAAACAGCAGCACUAGCCACGCCGCCUUCUAUAACUGUCAUUAGGACUCCUCCCCCUAGCUGUAACACAGCCUCCUCAGCAACAGUCUCCAUAGCAACCACACAGGCGACCCCCAGCCCACAGAGAGUCCCAGCGCCCGCAACCUCCUCCACGGCUCAGAUGAACGGAGUGUUAGAACAUCACAAUGUGGGUGGAGUCAAGCGUAACCCCGCCUCCACGGCCACUUCCCCUCAGACCACCUGCCGCCUGCCUCUACGGAAGACUUACCGGGAGAACAUCAGCCCCCGCGUCCGACCGGGCGUACCGGGAGGAGGAGGAGACAAUGUCCCGUACCCCCGUCCCUCCCCCUCGCCCCCCAAUUCCCCCCCCCCACCCUCCUCACCCUCUCCCUCAGAGGGGACAGUGAUCGCCAGCAUGAAGCUGGAGAAGAGAGGAGGCAGCCCCAGGGAGGGGGGCUCCCACACAGAGCUCAGCCGGGAGGCCCUGAGGCAGGGCAUCACAAACACCCAGCAGUAUCUCCCAGACAGAGAGGAGGAGGAGAGGGGGAGAGAAGGGGAUCAUUGGGACAGAGGGGCGGACAUGGGGAGGUAUAAGAGGGUGAGCAGUAAAAACCACCAGUGGUCAGGUGGGGGUGAUACGUUCAGAAUGGACCAGCAUGCCCCUGGGCCCCCUUCCUCGCCACCAGACACUUCUUGUUACAGAGACUCAUCACUUCCUGCUAAGCGCUGUAAGUCAGACUCUCCUGUCAUGGACAACGCCUCCUUCUCCUCCGGCUCCCCGCCACACGAUGAGUCUCUUAACGAGCACCUGCAGUGUGCCAUCGACACCAUCCUCAACCUGCAGGGCCAGGCCCAGGGGCCCACGCCGCGCAGGGCCAAAGGGGGCUCUGGCAGGCCACACCACCACAGCCAGCGACCCGCGGCCCCCCAGCCCUCCUCACACACAUACAGACCCUCAGUCUCCUCUUCAUCUUCAUCCUCUCUGGCCCAUCACUCUCAGGUUGGAGGCAGAGGACUGGUGCCACAGACUCACAGCAGAUAACACACACAACAGUUGGGACUUUAGAGAGGGAUAACACUCUCACUGUGCUCUGGCCUUGUUUGUCCAUCUGAAUGUUGUUAACUUUACAACAUGACCCAAUGCUCACAGUCACUGGAUGGAUGGAUGGAGGGAGGGA